AUUCUUAAAAGCAAACACUUUGUCUUUCAGAUAUACAAGAAACCUUGUGGACAGUGGAAAUGGAAAGUUCAACUUGAUGAUCUUGUGCUGGGGUGAAGGGCAUGGCAGCAGUAUCCAUGAUCAUACUGACUCACACUGCUUUAUGAAGAUCCUCCAAGGAAAUCUAAAGGAAACCCUGUUUGAAUGGCCUGAGAAAAAAGGAAAUGGCGAAAUGGAUAAGAAAUCAGAACGUGUUCUUAGAGAAAAUCAAUGUGCCUAUAUUAAUGACUCCAUUGGCUUGCAUCGUGUGGAGAACAUAAGCCACACAGAGUCUGCUGUUAGCCUGCAUUUGUACAGCCCACCCUUCGACAGCUGUAACACCUUUGACCAAAGGACUGGGCACAAGCACAAAGUCAAAAUGACCUUCUAUAGCAAGUUUGGUGAAAGGACUGUAUGUGCAGCAGCAGUGCCACAGGAGAACAACUGAGAAGCACCAGCACGUGCUUCCUUAAGACCUACUGAAUGUUUAACCAGGGACAGAAGACAUAUAAGGCUAAGACUGAUGGCCAGCUAUAUUUCUAUAAGUUGUACAUAGAACUACAGUAGGGCAGCUUCCAGGCAACCUGUAGUUAUCUUGAAUGAAUGCUGAUUAUGGGACACUAUGCUAACUAGUGCCAU